UUGAGUGAAUCCGUGUUUGAAAACAACCUCUGGGCUUGUGCUCCUCAUUGAAGUCUACAUCGGUGGAUAUGGCUGGUAAAAGUCUCUUUCGUGAUGAUGUUCCAGAAGUCGUGAUCAAGAGCAUUUUCAGAAAAUACGACUUGGAUAACAGUGGAUGCUUAGAGAAAACCGAGAUUUUAGCGAUGUUGCGAGACAUGGGAUUGGACGAGAAGCAGGCAGAAGUUUGUUUUUUGCUUGUCGAUAAAGACGGAAAUAUGAAAGUCUCUCUUACAGAGUUUUUACUGUGGUUUCGUGCCGGCGAAGGUUUCAAUGUGAUCGACGACCGAAACCGAUACGCUUACGUCCGAAGAGUUGCCGACGAAUUUCUAAAGUACGAUAGAGACGCGAGUGGAGUGAUCGACAGGAGAGAGUUUCGAGCUUUGUUGGCUUCUGGAAGCAAGGAAUGGAACCUAUGCAGCGAGGAGCAGAUCGCCAUCGCUCUCAAAAGUGUGGACAAAGAUGGCAAUGGAACUGUCUCCUUCUCCGAAUUUUUGGCUUGGAUAGACAAGGCAAACGCAAAUAAAUGCAGAAAAUAAUUGUUGUGAUCUGCAAACAAAAACAGCUUCUUGAUAUUUCUUCUUAAAACUUUUUAAAAAGCGUAAUUGAAAAUCACUUUUCGGUUUAACCUUCCACGUACAGGAAGUUUGAUAAUGCUUUAAGUUGAUAUUACGUUAUCAUGACACAUUUUCAUAAUAUUUCUCGGAAGAGUUUAUAUGGAUUCAGAGGUUCCCCAUGUCACAAGUUUAGAAAGUUUCACAUUUAUGCUGAUCAAAACUUUUGCCAAUUUACCGUGAGAAAAAUCACUGCAAAAGCAAACUUUUUCAGAAAUCUAAUCCUAGCUAAAUUGGGCGAAUGUAAAUACAUAUUUAAAAAAAAGUUCUUUUGCUCCAGGGAGAAAGCAGGUUUCAGGUGUUGUUUUAGAGAGUUUUCCUCUAAAAUCAUCAUACUUUUAGUUUUAAUAUCUUUCUGAUAUCUACAAACUAUUUGUAAGUAAAGUCAUUUACAA